AAGUGCGCUCUGAGCACCGACGGCGGCACGAAAUAACAACUAGCGGGAGGGGGAGCGGCGCGAUGGGGGCUGUAGUAGGCGAGCAGCGAGCAAGGGCCAUUGAGGGUUCAGUCUGGCGCAGGCCAUGUGACAGAGAACCACGCUCCAGCAUCGAAAUUUACCGUGGUUCAACAGAUAAACUAAAAGCUUCACCCACUGACUGAUUUUACAAAAGAAACGAAAAUGGAUUUGAACAAAACCGAGCAGGGCACCGAACUUGAAACCUUCCUGCCCCGUGAUGGAAUCAAGAAUCACGUUUCUGGAAUCGGAGAAGGAGUCCAGGGAAAAUACAUACCUGAGGCAAAUGGUGACGGAGCAUUCAAGCGGGCCAACGAGGAGCCCUGGGACCCAUUCAAGGAAAGAAAACUCGAUCACCCCACCACCGACUGCGACACCCUGACCCACCUCCUGAAGGCCAGUCUGGGGUCUGGAAUCCUGGCAAUGCCGAUCGCGUUCAAGCACUCGGGCCUUACGAUGGGUGUCUUUGCCACGGUGCUGGUCGCCAUCAUUUGCACACACUGCUCCUACAUCCUGGUGAAGUGCGCCCACAGGCUGUACGUCAGGACCAGAGUGACGGCGAUGAGCUUCGCCGAAGUCAGCACGGUCGCCUUCAAAAACGGGCCCGCCUGGAGCCGUCCCUACGCGCAGCUCUCCCGAAUGAUUAUCCUGGUCAGCCUGUUCCUCACCUACUUCGGCACUUGCAGCGUCUACAUUGUCAUCAUUGCCAACAAUUUCCAACAGGUGAUUGAGCAGUACACGCAAGCAUAUUUGGACCAGAGAAUCUACAUCGCAGCCUUCCUGAUUCCGCUCAUCCUGCUGAGCUGGGUGCCAAACCUCAAGUACCUGGCGCCGGUGUCGAUGCUGGCCAACGGACUGAUGGGCUGCGGCCUUGGCAUCACCGUCUAUUAUCUCGUGCAGGAGCUGCCGGCACCUUCCGAGCGACCCCACUUCAACGGAUUCGGUGGCCUGCCACAGUUCUUCUCCAUUGUUAUCUUUGCCAUGGAAGCCAUCGGCGUGGUCAUGCCUCUGGAAAACAACAUGGAGCACCCUCGUCACUUCCUAGGUCUAGCUGGCGUCCUGAACCAGGGCAUGGCUGGCGUCACCAUGGUUUACAUUCUGCUUGGUUUCCUCGGCUACCUGAAAUACGGAGAUGAGACCAUGGGCUCCAUCACCCUCAACCUGCCCACCGACGAAUACUUGGCUCAGUCUGUGAAAAUUUUGAUCGCGCUGGCCGUGUUCUGCACUUAUGGACUCCAGUUCUUUGUUUGCCUUGAAAUUUGCUGGGACGGAAUCAAGGACUACUACAAAAGCAGCCGGCUCGCAAACUACGUUCUGCGCACGGCACUGGUCACCCUCACUGUCGCUCUGGCUGUGGCUGUUCCUACGAUCGGACCCUUCAUCGGACUUAUUGGCGCCCUGUGCUUCUCUAUUCUUGGUCUCAUCUGCCCCGCAGUCAUCGAGAUGGUCACUUUCUGGGAGGAAGGUUUGGGACCUGGUAAAUGGCUGUUAUGGAAGAAUCUGGCAGUAAGCGCCUUUGGCGUGAUGGCCCUCAUUUUCGGCACCCUCACGAGUAUCGAGGACAUCGUGAAGCUGUACUCAGAAGACCACCUGGCUCACUCCGAGGAAGAAGACCAUAUCCACGCGCUGAACCAUACGAUUGCCAAUGUAACAAGUGCAGUCGUAGAAGAGAUCAUGACCACCUUGGCGCCGUAGGACGUGUGUUGCAAGCGUGAAUUAAUUUCGGGCUUCUGAUUUCAUAUCUCUCACCACCUUGGCACAAUUCAUUCAAUUAUGAUAUGAUAACUAACCUUACUUAAGGUAGGGAAACUACUAAAAUCAUAUUUUGAACAACCUUUUGAUGCAAAUUUUCCAAGUUUGGUAGCUGUUUUUGCCACGCCAAGCUUUUUGAACAGCCUUUUUGUUGUAAUUAAAAAAUGCCACAGCUCGAUUCGAAAAUAGUUAAAAUAUUUAAUUACUAGGUCUGAUGAUGCUGGUUUUAGUAAGUUAUUAUUUCUGAGUGUUGAUUUUCUUAAAUGCGGAGAAUGAUGUUACAAGAAUUAAUGCAUUUUGUAUGGAUUUUUCCGAGCUUCCUAGAAGGGCGAUUCAAAGUGGCUGGAUCUUGAAUUUGACUCUACUCGGAGCCAGAUUAUUUUAUUUAUAGUCCCUCCUAAGACUCUUAAACUUUAAUCUCGGUGUUUUGCAUUUAGCAAACAAUAAGCUAACUGCAUUUUCCGAGAAAGUGACAAGGGGAGACAACCUUAAAUUGUAUGACCUUAACGUGUAAGGAAAAACUUUGUGCUAUUUUUCAUUUUAGUAUAGUUUUUGAAAGAAAAGCUGUAGGUACGGCGAAAAUUGAAUGCGUGGAUUAAUUUAACUCCCAAGCCUCCCCAGCCCAUUUAGAACUCGAUUUCGUGUCGCUGCGUGCGGGGCCAAUUUUUGUACGAGAUUUAAUGAGCAGAAUAAAUUGACGAGCCUCAAAAUUA